UCAGUUGUAUUCCGAUUGAGUUUUUGAUAUCUUACUCUUCUUUCUGUUAUGGCGUGAGCAGAAUGGGAUUAACCUUAGGAUAUAAAUAAUUAAUUCAGCUAAGAAAACUGAGUCGGAAUUAUUGUUUUAUCGCGUAUUACUGGAUCUGUUGACGUGUGUUAAAAUGCCUCGAGCAUUUCUCUUAAAAAAGGAUCUCUACUCGGCACUGGAUCUCGCCGCAAUGGAGCUGGCUUUUCCCGCGAAAAGAGACAGUAUCCAACGCGACACCAAAUGCCCUUCCCACCCGGCCAAUCUACCUUUUUUCCCUUCUCCCAGCCACCCUUGGCCUCCCAUCGGCCUACCGACAGCCAGUGUGGCCUCCCCCAGCACGCUGGACGUGCAACACACGCACACCCACCGCCAGCCGUUGGCCCCAAAAAAUCCCGAUGCCCUGUGGCUGAACGCUGUCAACGCGCUGCCCGGCUUCCCCACCGUCUACCUGCCGCUGCCGCAUCACGGCCCCUGGAGUCUGCAGGCUACACAGCCCACCUUCCCCCCGGCCAGCACCGGGCCGUUUCUACCGGCACGCCACAAUCUUCAGACUAUAAGUAAUCAGCCGCUGCCAGUUAGGACUUGUAAACCACUCAGCACACCCUUUGAUAUCGACACUAUUCUGGGCAAUGCCGCCACGCAUCCGGCCACGCUGGCCGAAAAACUGGGAAAGAUCGAGGAAGAAUGCGACGAUCAUGAGAUGGAAGAGUUGGACAUUAAACCGAAUUCUAGCCUUUCCGGUCGGCGUUCCAGCCCACGCUACCAGUGUUCUGAAUGCAAGAAGAGCUACUCGACGGUGUCGGGUCUGACGAAGCAUCGGGAAUUCCACUGCAGCGUGCUGCACCAGCAGUCCUUUCAGUGCAAAAACAAGAGCUGCAAUCGCCUGUACGGGACCAUCGGAGCGCUGAAGAUGCACAUGCGCACCCACACCCUCCCUAACCAGUGUACGGUUUGCGGUCGCCGGUUCAGCCGCCCGUGGUUACUUAAAGGUCAUAUGCGGACACACUCGGGCGAGAAACCCUUCCACUGCAACCAGUGCCUGCGGCCCUUCGCCGACCGUAGCAAUCUGCGUGCCCACUUGCAAACCCACGCAGAAAUCAAAAAGUACAAAUGCCAAUUAUGCCAGAAGACCUUCUCGCGCAUGUCCCUCCUCAACAAGCACCAGAGCGGCACGUGCCGGCCACACCGGCCCCGCACCGGCUCCAGUCUGGAGGGCACAUUAGUUUGA